GCCUGUUUUCUCACACUGGAUCCAAACACAGCACACACUCAACUCAGACUGUCUGAAGAGAACAGAAAGGUGACACGUGUGAGAGAGAAACAGUCGUAUCCUGAUCAUCCAGACAGAUUUGAUGAGUGUCGUCAGGUGUUGUGUAGAGAGAGUGUGUGUGGACGCUGUUACUGGGAGAUUGAGUGGAGGGGAUAUGAUGUGUAUAUAUCAGUGUCAUAUAAGAGCAUCAGCAGGAAGGGACGGGAUAAUGAGUGUCGGUUUGGACGUAAUGAUCAGUCCUGGAGUUUGAUCUGCACUCCCUCCAGUUACUCAUUCAGACACAACAAGAUAGAGACUCUUCUCCCUGUAAAGUCCAUCAGCAGGAGAGUAGGAGUGUUUGUGGAUCACAGUGCAGGAACUCUGUCCUUCUACAGUGUCUCCAAAAACACAAUGAUCCACACAGUCCAGACCACAUUCACUCAGCUGCUCUAUCCUGGGGUUUAUGUUAAUAAUGAAUCAUCAGUGAAACUGUGUUGAUGAAUCAGAGAAUGACGAAAGAUUCUACCCAUAAUGCUUUGAGCUGCAUUAUAAAUCAGUAACAGUGAGAUGUUAUAGUCUCUUCAUGACAUUAAUACUGCAGCUCAAAUUCUGUCACUGAAAUAACAGUCAGAAUAAAUGUGUCAGAAAUCCUCAUAUAGACAGUAAGAUCUGUGUGUGUGUGAGACUGUGUGUGUGAGAGCGAGUGUGUGUGUGUGAGUGUUUACUACAUUUAUUGUAGUGUCACAUCAAUCAUUUGUAUUAUUACUAUCAAAAUGUUCUUUCAAUUGAAAAGUUCUUCAUGAAUCAUAUUUGUGAAAAGUACGUCAUUCAUUUUUCUCUAUUGUUUUUGUGCAUAAAUAAUAAAACCCGAUGAGAAAUGAACUUGAGAUCAGAUCUGAAUUGAUGUUUGUAUCAUGAAUAUAAUUGAUUCCUCACAAGACUGACAUGAGCUUCAGGAGAGUUUCU